UUCUUUCUCUGGCAAUUUGUCAAAUGGAAGAUUACACAAGAAGCUGCCUGAGGUAUUUUUCUGCAGGGAUUGGAGCUGCUCUUCCCUGUUUGGAUACACUCUUGUGUUGAUGUGAAAUUAAAGCAAAAGUCAGUAUAUUAAAGACACAUAGACUCACACUUUGCAGUUAGUCACCCCCCCCCCAACCUAAACUCUCUCAGAAUUUGAGUAUUUCAUCUAAGAGAUAAAACAGAGCAGAAGAAGGUAGUGAGGCUGCCAAUUCACUGAUGAGAAAAAUAAAGGCAGGCAGGAAGGAGAGAGGGAGAGAGAGGAGAGAAAGGAGGGGGAGAGGCAGAGGUGAUAAAACUCUGCAGAGUCUGCAUGCUCAGUCACAGAGAGUGAGAGUGAGGGAGACGAAGCAAACUGACAAGGACCUACCACAGCGGUGCCAAGGGCCUGUGUUUUUGCCACACUUUAGUGGACUGGGACACGUUAGGGAAUUGGUAGCUGUUACUCGUGAGCAAGUGGGUGCACUGGAUUUUCCUGAAGAGACCUGAGAUUUGUCCCCUCGAGGGCUGUCUGCUUUGAAGUAUUUUUUAGACACUGCUCCGGGGGAUUAAUUUUCCCCUUCAAGGAAAAGAGAGGGGGCCAAAGGCUAAAAAAACCGGAAGGGAUCCAAGUCACAACUCUCACCCCCCACCCUCUCUCAUCUCCAUAAAUCAACUUUCAUGCCCUUAGGAUUUUUUGCUUUUUCCCUCCCAAAGGAGUGAUGCAUGACAACUGUCACACUGAGGACUGUAUUCUACAGAAAUUCUGAGCUAUUUGGAUUUGACACAGCCUCUGACUGGUGCACUACCACUAGAGAUCUUCAGCAAGAGGACGAGAGUCUUCAGAGAGGAAAGAGGUUUGCAUAACCUCCCGUUCUACCUACCUAAAAGUACAACAACCCUCUGCCCCCCCAACUCAGAUUGUAAUUCCAGCCCCUUCCACCCUUGGCCCCUCCUCUUCUGUCUCCCCUCUCCCCCAUGAAGCAAGAAGCGUGAAAAAUCUCACUAAAUGGGUUUAUUUGCCGUCAGAGCUGCACUGAUCUGUCAUUCUCCAGGACCAUUCCACUUGACGUGUUUCAUAGCUCUGGGAGCUGCCUGGUUGAGUGGGGCAUUGGAAGCUCUUGGUCUGGAGCCUGCGAGGGGCAAGAGGCAGCAUCAGUUGCUGUGAAUCCCCAGAGUCAUCGAGGCUUCCCCCUCCAACUCACCUCGUUGGGUCUAUCCCAGGAUCUACCACUUGUGAAGCCAACAACUUUCCACCCAAAGAGGACUCUUUGUUUUUUUAAUUCAUUUUUGGUUGGGCAUCAUCGAAUCAAAAGCGAACCAUUCAGCUAGUAGUUUUGUUUGUUUUCUAGUUGCCCCAUCCUUUGGCAGUUUGCAGAAGUUGCCCUGCGUGGCUCAAGAUGCGGUGUUGGCCAUUGGCCGUGGUGGCCGCAGUCUUCUGGACCCAGUGCCUUCUUUUUCAUGCGGUUGAUGCCAAGAAGGAGAAGAAGAGGCAGAAGGAGAACAUCCCACAACACACAGAGUCUCACAACUCCUCAGUCUCCAACAGUGAAGAAGUUGGAGGGAACACAAAGGCCGAGAACCAUCGCGUGGACCCACUGGGAUCAUGGAAGGUGUUUGUGGAGAGACCUGUAGGUAACUUCCCAGGCAAGUGCAAGAAGAGGAAAAGGCCGCUGCCAGGCCCCCCUGGACCCCCUGGACCCCCCGGACCCCAGGGUCCCCCGGGAUCACCUGGAGCGGAGAUAACCCAGGAGGUGCUGCUCCAGGAGUUUAGGGAGAUGAUCAAAGAGGCAACAGAAAGACGUGCAGCCAUGGACACACAAGUCGGCCCUAGCCAGCUGCCCCCUGCCCUCAUCGCCUUGGAUGGCCUGUCCUCCUACCGCAGAGUAGAAGAGGCUUUCCACUGCAAGCUGAAGGGGCCGGUGGUCGUGGACAAGAAGACACUGACGGAGCUACAGGACUUCCAGACGCCUCCUGCCAAAGGUGCCUUUCUCCGGGGGACGGGCAUGGAUCAAUCCACUGGUCGCUUCACAGCACCGGUAACAGGCAUCUACCAGUUCUCAGCUAACAUCCACAUUGACCACGGAGAGGUGAAGAAGAGUAAGAGCCAGCUGCGGGCCAGGGACAAUGUGCGGGUUCUGAUCUGCAUCGAGUCUCUAUGCCACAGAUACACGUCCUUAGAAAUGAUUGUGGGCUUGGAGAGCAGCAGCAGGAUAUUUACAGUCUACGUCCAUGGCUUGCUGGAGCUACAGACUGGCCAGUAUACCUCGAUAUUUGUCGACAAUGGAGCUGGAGCUUCCAUCACGAUCCAGAACGGCUCGGACUUCAUGGGGAUGCUUAUGGGCGUAUAGCCUAUAGCCCCGCAAGGCCCGGCCCUCGGAUGGGGCCG